AUGCCGCCUCCCAACUCGGCAUCACACGGCACCCCGGCUUUAUCACCCACCACACCCGCGCCCGAGCCGUUGUCGCAGCGAUCGUCGAUCCCCGACUCCCCGGUCCCUGUGGAGAGCGAUAACGCCCAUGACGAGAAUGUGAACUUUCUUCGAUCCCGCUCCUUACUGUACAACCCGCUCCUGCCGUCACUCAGCCGACAUCGACGUCGGCGAUACCAGACCUCACAUCCCCGACAAAUGGAAGACGAGGACCGGAUGGACCUAGAGGACCCCAACAACCUGCGUCUAUCAGUCGAAAUCAACCGUCGCAUCCCCAUCGUUCGCCGCCAGCGCGAUGAACCCAGGAAUAUGCCGAACUACGAGGGUCGCCGCUCAAAUUCACGCUCGCUUUAUGGAUGGGCGCCCGGGUCAGAUGACGAGGACGAGGACCCCCGUCGCGAAGAAUCAGAGGAUGAUCAGAUCCAACCCUUCCUCCAUGCCGUUUCAGAUCGCGACGCCGCAUCAAGUCGGAAUCGAUAUCGCCGACAUGAGUUGGCUGCUUCCCCGCCCCCGAUUGUAGCCGGAGAUGGCCCGGCCGAGGCCUCGGGUCGAUGGCUGAACACACCAAUCCCGAUGGAAUUAUUGCAGUCGACAAGGCGACAACCGAGAUUAGCGAGAACUCGAACACUGGAAAACUUUCUCAUGGACCGGUAUACAAGUCGUUCCAAUGACGAGUUUGAGGAUACCGAGCAGACAGGGGGCUCGUCUUCGACAAGAGCGUACCGUUACCGCCCCUCCAGCAGGGGCGACUCCCAUCGGGUUCUCACCCACGGCGACUUGCGCGCCCGGGCUGCUGCACAUCGGCAACUGCAUUCGACGACCUCCGGAGACUCGCUUUUGAAAGAUACCAUCAACUAUCUCGAUCGUCUUCGAUACUCAAAUUCCUUUGAGGAGAGCAUCAGCUCUGCGGCUGCGACGGGCUUCAUCUCAUUAGAAAGUUUCUCGUGGAAGGACAGUGACUUUAUUUUGGACACCAACACGAUUGUGCCGCCAGCCACCUGCUCCUGGUUGCGACCUGGAGCGGUUUUCUCCGGCUGCCAACGGGCCGCAACGGCAGGGUGUUCUGUGUUGUCCCAGCGGGUACCAAGCCCCCAGGCCCCCAGCGACCCGGUGAUUGUCAAUGGGAGCGAUGGCACUCGUAUCAGCGUGUACACAACCACCGGACGACGGUAUCUUGCCAACGCCCGAGAUGAAAACUGGCCCGUCAAAGUGACCAUCCACAACAUCAACUACACGGAAAUGACCUUGUCCGGUACAAUGGAGGCUCAUAACAUCCCGGACAAGACUUCCCCUACCCACGAUGCACACAUUGUGACGUUCCUGGAGGGCGAAAUAAUCGACUUCAACAGGCACACGCUUGAGACAAAGAACUUCAAGGCGGAUGCGGAGAUCGAUAGCACAUACUGGCGAGAACUGCAGCCGUUCAAGGAUCUGCCCGAUCUCGAGAUUGCCAAGAAUCUCGUGAGCAGAAAGUGGAUUACCGAGGAAUUGGUCAAAGGGUGGAUCCUGAUGCGCUGGAAGGAGCGAUGCUUCAUUACCCCGACAGACUCGCGUCAAGGUCUGACCAUUUCUGGAUUCUACUACAUUUCCCUCCGCCGUGAAGAUGGCCAUAUUGAGGGGCUUUAUUAUGACCCCGGCAGCUCGCCUUACCAGCAGCUGUCUCUGCAUCCGGAGACGGCGAAAAUGGUCCGUCCGUCGUACAAUUUCCGGUAA